ACUGAUAAAAUUAUUGGAACAUAUUUAUUAUUUCGAUUCUAACCACGCAAAUUCUUCGCAUUUUACAGCACUACAUUUUAGCGCGAUAUGUCAUUCGGCUGGCCAUAUGCUAUUAUAAAAACCUCCCCACGAAUGGAAAGCGUGCAUCAAACUGAAUUUUCCGAUAUUCAAUAAGUUUUAAUUAAAUUAUUAAGUAGUUAUUGCCGAGAAAAUGUUAUUUUUAAUAACAUCUAAGGUCGGAUAUAGAAAUCAGAGGUAAAUACUUAAUUCAGAGUUUAUAUAUGCUGUUUCUAAAAAUAGUACACGUCACCUACAUGAUGGCACUGAAACAUACAUGCUAGGACAUUGCGGCGGCAUAUAAACACGUAAACACUUGAGUCUGGAAGAUUGGAACAUGAAUUAUGAUUUAUUUACUGUCAAAGUAGAAUCUAGUUGACAUCUGUGGUGCCUACAACGCAGAAAUUGUAAACUAUACACACGACCAGACAUAGAUGCACUGGUGUUGAAGUUGAAACUUACCGGGCUGAAACAUUUUCUUACGAUGAUUUCAGGUCUAGUGUAUAUACUCGCCUUUCUACUGGUGACGUCUUUGGGAGCAUUUGGCGUAGACUUGGGUGAGAGGUUUAUUUUUGGCGGAUUAGGACAAGGAAUCACAGAAAAUGGUCAAACGACGCUUUCCCCGAAGUCAACAGACACAUCCAGUCUGAACUGCAGUAAUAUAACAGACUCGACUACCCCGAGCCUUGACAGAGCGAAAUGUGUUCUAGAGUCUUUUCCUCUCAUAGAUGGACAUAACGACCUUGCGGAAAGAUAUCGUGACUUUGCAAACAAUACAGUGUAUAACGUUGACUUACGUUCCGACCUCAGACUAUCAUGGGAUCAAAUCGAGGCUCAGACUGACAUUCCUCGACUGAGAGCAGGAAAACUUGGUGGACAGUUUUGGUCUUGUUGGGUCGAUUGCGGAAGUCAGUAUAAAGAUGUUGUGCGCAUGACCAUGGAUCAGCUUGACGUCAUAAAAAAAUUCAUUCGCAGAUACCCGGAUGUAUUCAAAUUUGUUUCCACUGCUCAGGGUGUUCUCGAUGCGUUUUCGGAAGGGAAAAUUGCCAGCCUGAUUGGGCUUGAAGGUGGUCACAGUCUAGACAGCAGCCUCGGUGUGCUCCGGAUGUAUUAUGAACUUGGGGUUCGUUAUAUGACAGUUACACACAGUUGUAAUACACCAUGGGCAGACAACUGGCAUGUGGAUGAGAUUGGAUACAAUGGAACAAAAGUUGACGGGUUAACCGACUUUGGCAAGAAAGUGAUCCAGGAGAUGAACAGACUAGGUAUGAUAGUAGAUCUUGCACAUGUUUCCAAGAAAACAAUGUCUGAUGUCCUCAGUCUGACAGUAGCUCCAGUGAUCUUCAGUCACUCCUCAGCUUUCAGACUUUGUAAUCACUUCAGGAACGUACAAGACGAUAUUCUCUUUAGAACGAAAGCAAAUGGUGGGGUAGUGAUGGUGAACUUUUAUGACAAAUUCGUCGUUUGUCCUCCAAAUAACAAGCCAGACACUACAUUGUCCGAUGUAGCAGAUCACAUCGAUUAUAUAAAGAAUCUGAUUGGUGUAGAUCAUGUAGGGAUUGGUGCAGACUUUAAUGGAAUCCCAAGCACGUCAAAAGGUUUAGAAGAUGUUUCAAAGUAUCCAGAUUUGUUUGCUGAACUUAUAAGAAGGGGAUGGAGUGACCUUGACCUUCAGAAACUCGCCGGCAGAAAUGUUCUCAGGGUGUUUAAAUCAGUGGAAGCGGUGCGUGAAGGUCUAGCAUACAUGCCUCCUAUUGAAGAUCAUAUUCCUCCUGAGCAGUACGUGGACAGUACAUGUAGAACUGACAUUUAAGAUUGAUAUCUCUUGUAUUUUGUUCGGGAUCGACUCUCUGAAUAAAAUGGAAAUGAUA